GCUGGAUGAUGGGGCCAAUCCGGACGCGCCGGUCUGUGGAGCCCAGUGCUCGCAAUCAAAACAAGUCGGUGGAGCCCACUUACACGAUGAUGUCGCCGUCCACGCGCCGUAGAUAUCGAUCACCAGAGCGCCAGCUCACACACCACACCACACCUCCCCCUCCCUCGCGGAUUUCAAUCCAAUCCGCAUUGCUUCGCCCAGAUUCGAUCAUCGCCGUCGAAUUCAAAUCCAUCCGGCGCGGUUUCGGCGGCGAUACCGGUCGGAUCAAGCGAUUUCCGGCGCAAUUUUAUUGUAGAAGGAGGCGGAUCCAUUGAUUUCCUCCGACGAGAUAUUUGACUCGGAUUUCGGGGGUUUAAAGCAAUGGGGAGCGAAGAGCUCGCGGAGAUCGAGGGGCGUAUUCAGGAUAUCUUUCGAGCGCUCUCGAAUGGAUUCCAGAAGCUGGAGAAGAUUAAGGACUCCAAUAGGCAGAGCAGGCAGCUGGAGGAGCUCACUGACAAGAUGCGCGAAUGUAAGAGGCUUAUUAAAGAGUAUGAUCGAGAGUUAAAAGAAUCAGACUACAAAAAUGAUCCUGACACAAGCAAGAUACUUAAUGAGAAAAAGCAGUCAAUGAUCAAAGAGCUGAAUUCUUAUGUUGCUCUCAAGAAACAGUAUGCAACUAAUCUUGAAAACAAACGAGUUGAUCUUUUUGAGGGUCCAGGUGAAGGAUUUGUGGAAGACAAUUCUCUACUUGCUUCAAAUAUGACAAACCAGCAAUUAAUGGAUCAUGGAAAUCACAUGAUGGAUGAGACUGAUCAAGCACUCGGCAGAGCACAAAAGGUCGUGCAUGAAACUGUUGCUGUUGGAACGGAGACUGCUGCAGCUCUUAAAGCUCAGACUGAACAAAUGAGCCGAAUUGUUAAUGAACUGGACUCUAUUCAUUUUUCAAUCAAGAAGGCCUCACAGCUAGUCAAGGAAAUUGGGAGACAGGUUGCAACCGAUAGGUGUAUCAUGGCACUCCUAUUCCUUAUUGUGAUCGGUGUCAUAGCUAUCAUUAUAGUGAAGAUAGUGAACCCACACAACAAAGACAUUCGAGAUAUACCCGGAUUAGCUCCUCCAGUUCCUGCUAGGAAGCUGCUAUGGAAUUCCAUCUGAGCGAACUCUUCUUUUCGAUCAAAUUUCUAUUGAGAUUAUACACCUUUUCAUGGCGUUGAUCGGAUGAAAUUUGAUCGGUGCAGCAAUGGAGGACCAUCAAGGCAUCAAUCAAAGUAAGGUUUUUCAUCAGCAUAAUCAUAUAUAUAUAUAUUUAUAUAUGUAUGUAUCCGUCCAUAUAUGAGAUAUGUGUUUUUCAGUGGCAUUCUAACCUUAUUUUUACAAACAUCAUUAAAUUGAUUCGAGAGUUUGCUCAUUUCUUGUCGAAAUUAAAUCUUUACUUCAUCGCGGUGUAUAUUAUGCAUGAGCUCGCAUCUCACAUUAAUUCUUGUCAACAUUAUUAUUAUUUUCACUCUCUUUGUCUAACAUUUGUUUGUUAUAUAAAUCAUACUAUGUUUAUGACU